CUUUUGGUGAGCCUCCUUUUUUUAAUCUGGGACAUUCUUUUUUAAUCCCUCUCUGCCCGUUUCCAUUUGGAAGAAACUCCCGCAAUGAACAAAUGUUGCUCGGAGCUAUUGGGAAAGAACAACAGAAGGUCCGUCAUAUCAUGACACCACUCGCUUGUCCGAAAGGCAGGAAGCGCGGAUAGUCGGGAUGCGCACCUUCUUCCCCACCCUACAAAGUACUUUCCAUGCCUUAGUCAUACUACGAGUACCUACACUGAGAAUACGCCGUACAAUCUUCAAUCUACAUUGGCAUUUGAGCCAUUUGGUGGUGGUGAUCGGGCAGUGGAAGCUCUGGUGGGGAUCGACUACCUACCUUACCUUACAGGGUCCAUACACCCUUCCGCUGACGCCUGUCGCCGCAAUCUCUCGGCAUCUGAACGGCCUUACUGGGAGAGAAGCACUCAACGCCGGGCAGCAUUUGCUCCUUCUUCCACACACCACCUCAUGCCGGACACCACCAAACCCGCCGAAAACAGUCCAGCCGCCUUGACCGUUCCAGGGGUCUAAUUCCCGCCCGUCGACGGUUCCGUCACUGUUCAUCAUCAACAACACCAUCUCACUGUACAAUUCACAUGCUCUGUGUCAACGUCUACUCCUCGAUGUCGAAUUCAUAGUCAAGCAUCCUCCGGACAGAGCUCCAAAAUGAUGCACGAUAUGCCCACAUAAGUUUCCAGCAGAAAGUCGACGAUACUUGGCCAAACAAGCGCCAUGCAAACAAUCACAAGCCGCGAUUCUAGAAUUGCAGCUAACUCGAGACGAGCCUACCUAGGUUCUCGUGGACAUUGCCUACUGUGUACCAUGUUUGGAAAGGCGCAGCAGCCGCACAAGUCUUAGUCCGAAGUCGCAGGGAGGUGGCUGCGAAUAGCUUCAGAGUCCUCAUCUCCGUUCGCCCAGAGCGGGACCUGCGGAUCAUGCAUCUCGCAACCCCUACUCAACAACACCACGCCCCCUACGACGCACGAUACGGCUACACGACACACAUAAUCCCUGAAUCAGAGCAGAGGUAGGAAAAAAACAAAGCAUAUGCUGCCUCAACACUUGGACUUACUGCUAAUACCCUAGCUGAUAGGAAUUUGUCCCCCCACAAUCCCCCGCCCUUGGUGCCACUUAUUCACGCCUCACGAUGCACCUUCGGCUGCAAGCUCGUUGCUCAUGCUGUAUUCCCCCAAAUUUCCGCAGCACGCUGCCACCUGCCUGCGAAACCUCCGCCGGCAUACUCCAAUAAUGAGGGCCAGCCUCCACACCUUCGCUCGAAGGGAGCUUUGCAAAUCCAACCUCCUGACGCAGACAAUGCCCACUGCGUCUGACAGAGUUGCCCAUAAGCGUGGCGGCUACGGAUGGGGCCCCGCGAUUCUCAAACCCUCCCCCAUCUAUUCCCCGCAUGCCACCUAUGAAUAGCUGAACCUCUCACUCAAACAGUUGAUCCCAUCUUGCCUCAACACGCUCAGAACCCCAACCAACCACCCUUUCUGCUUCUCCAGCUUUGCGGGGAAGCUCCUGCAGCUCGAAACCCUCGGUCAACUCCCUUACUUUGCCUGCCAACAACUUACACUGUGUGCCGCGCACUUUGUCUCGAGAUCCCAGUCAAUGCUGACGCCCGGGUUCAUCCCCGGAUCCGGUAGUGCGGCGGCUUCAAGGACGAGCGGAGGGUUGUUCUCUGAGAUUACCGGUACUCUGUGAGUUUCGGCCACCUCAGUCAGUCGGGGACGGAAACAGACGCCCAGUCUGCUCCGGAAGAGCGGAAGACACUACCAGAGACAUCUGGCCAACGUGGAGAGCAGUAAAUCUGGGGCUGAGGAGACCCCGCGCAAUCCCCAUGGGCCUCUACGAACCACGCGGAGAAAAGUCACUUUCCUUGCCAUCGAAUCAAGCGCAAAUUCGGGGCUUUUGGCAGUAACCGAUAUCCCGAGCUGGGUAGUCAUAUGCAACCAAAGUUUCUCGGUCCUGUCGAGAAGCUUUUAUCAACGAAAUGUCCGCUUCUAGCUUCGUAUUAAGCUCGACAGCCAGCACUCAGAUUUCGAGGAACGAGGGUAGGGUAACGGAGCUUAACGCCCAACAGCCUGCCAUUCCUCUACGAAAGCGGAGCACUUUAUGUCUUCCUCUCAUGUUGCGUGCGGGUGGCAGCGGCAUCGUUGAACAGUCACUGCCCUGGAGCAGCUCGAAUGCCAGCAUACAACUGAGCGUAAUGAACACGGGAAUUCAUCGCCAGAUCCAAGAAGUGAUUACGAAUGUCGAGACUGGACCUGGGCUGGAUUGUUACCUGCAAGCUUACAAGGGCCAUUCAAAGUGGUUGCCACCAAUUUCUUGCCAUUCUUCCGACAUUUUGACAAAUUGCUUCAUCUCAAGUGAAAAGGCAUGCCGUUUACAAGAUGAACGCUCCAAAGACUGUGCACUGUCCGAUCUAAGACUGACAAAGGGUUUCGAGAUGGAGUGAGGACGAUCAUAAUCCCAUUGGUUAUGGCAGGGCGACAUCGUUUCCUUUUCGAGCUGAUCGUGAUACGACGGUUGCACGAUACCUUGACCUGAAGUUUUGACAGCUGCGACAACGCUGAGGAGUCCAGCCAGAGGGGGGGAAACGGUCUGGCGUAUUAGUCUACGCUGUGACCUGUCCAAGUUUGACGCAAGGCAGCCCAAGCUGAAGUUUCUGCUUCGAUAACCGCUCUCAUCUGGUACUGAUGUCAAAGCUGUCACGCACGCCACUUCCGCGUUGUCGAAAUACACAAGUUCAAGGGUGCCAUUGAGCACAUCACACAACUUGGCAUUGGAAGAAUUACGCCGACUGGCUCGUGAAGGUGAUGAACCUGGAUCUGAUCUCCCGCCAUGGUGGAGCCGGUCAGGGCUUGCGUGGGGAGCGGGCCGACAGACCUAAUGAUUCAUAGACCCGCACGCGACUACGAAAAAUCAUCCAAUAACUGAGUAGGAUCGAUAGCUCAGUGGUAGAGCGAGAGAUUGCAGUCACACGCAGUUUAUCUCUAGGCCCCGCGUUCGAAUCGCGGUCGGUCCUGUUCCUUUUGCUUGUGCGAAUACCUGCCUCCAGAACCUCAAUAUUAAGCAUUGAAAAGCUCUCUCCAAAGCCCUGGUACUAUUUUGCCAUUCUAAGUUGCUUUUGAGCUUGCAUGCCAAACAAGCAUCCGGACGUGAUGUGACACCGUCCUGUCCUCGCAUCGGAAGCCGUUUAGACUCAACGGAGACAUUGGCCAGUGUCAUGCGGGGGCUUGGCCGAGUCCCCCCGCCUUUACAGCUCAGCUUCUGCGUUGUAAGUGUCGGAACCUACGGGCAGCCCAGACGAUUGACGCUGGUUUAGUGACAUUGAGACAAGUGCAGUUGCAUGGCAGAUCCUGGGAUGGUCCGUGUAAGACGCUCGAUCACGAUGCAUGAGCCAGGUCUUCUAGCCAAUCGUCUUCUCACCUGAAGAUGAUGACCACCAAGUCCAAACGAAACAAGUGAAGGCAUACCCCAAGUGGAGGGUCGAACCUAACCGCGGCCUGAGCAAGCACACUUACAUGUGCCGCUCGGUGAGGAUUGAAACAGCUCAGUUAAGACGAUGCUGCUCCUACCUCCUGCCCAGCCCCUCGGUGCUAAACAUUGGUUGUCCCUAAUUGCAGAAAUUCUACAGUCUUGAAUUUGCAAUUCGACAUCUAAAACUUUUCUUUUCCUCAAAACCCCUUCUUCACCUGUCUCGGAGACACCUGUCACUACAGGAACCCUCACUUAGUGUAAUUGCUAGGGGAUUCAACUCGCACUUCCAUCAAGAUGGGUUUACUCGAGAGCUUGACGGCGGCUAACCCGCUCUACAUUGGAGGCUCCAUCUUUGGAGCCUACCUUCUACUUCUGGUGUUCUUCAGGGUUAGGAUGGAGUAUCUCCUCAGCAAGUCUGGUGGUGUAAGAGCUCCAGUCAUUGCUUCCAACCCCUUUACAGCCAUUCCGGUGUUCUUACGGAUCGGACGUUAUCAACUUAGGCACCAGCUCCUCGAGGGAUUCAACACUCUUUUCAGCGUCGCUACCCCUGAGUCUCCGAACACAGUCGAGAUUGGCUUCACGGGCAAGCUCCGCUUCCUCAUCACUAGAGAGCCGGAGCACAUCAAGACUGUCCUCACCUCCAAGUUUGCCGACUUUGGAAAGGGUCCCAUGUUCCAUCAAGUCUGGUCUCCGUUCCUGGGCGACAGCAUCUUCACCACGGAUGGAAAGACGUGGCAGGAUAACCGGAGCUUGAUCCGGCCCAUGUUCAUCAAGGAUCGUGUUAGCGACUUGCACAUCUUUGACAAGUGGACCAACAUCAUGAUGGACAAGUUUCCGGCGUCAGGAGUCACCUUUGAUAUCUCGGAUCUGUUCUACCGUAUGACACUUGAUGUGACGACCGAUUUCCUGCUUGGACAUGGUGUUAACAGUCUUGGCAACCCGAAGCAUCACUUUGCACACGCAUUCAACGAAGUCCAGAGUUAUCAAAUGUUUUACACAAUCAUGGCACCCUUUGAGAACAUCUUGCCCCACGGAACUUACAAGCGUGGCAUCAAGGUUAUUGAGGAGUUUAUCCACCCUUUCAUCCAAGAGGCCCUGGCCUUGCCGCCAUCAGAGCUCGAGAAGCUCUCCAAGUCUGACAAGGACUUUACUUUCCUUCACAACAUUGCUCGGUUUACGCGCGACCCCAAGGUCAUCCGCGACCAGCUUGUUGCUAUCCUUCUCGCCGGUCGUGAUACUACUGCUGCAACGCUCUCGUGGACUCUCUACGAGCUUUCCCGCUACCCUGCCACAUAUGCCAAGCUGCGCGCUGAGAUCCUGACGACUUUGGGACCGAAGAGGGCACCGACCUACGAGGACCUCAAGAGCAUGAAGUACUUAACCAACUGCCUCCAGGAGACUCUGCGUCUGUACCCCGCGGUGCCUUUCAAUGUGCGCUCCGCCUUGACAACGACGACCUUGCCUGGCAGGAAUGGCAACCCCGACAUCGCCGUGAUCGAGGGGGAUUCAGUUGUGUACAGCACGCUCGCCAUGCAGAGAAGGCGUGAUCUAUAUCCUGAAGUGUCAGAGACGUUUGCGGACCCGGCCAUCUACAGCCCCGAACGGUGGGAGCACUGGCAGCCGAAGCCAUGGCAGUAUGUGCCGUUCAACGGCGGUCCGAGAAUCUGCGUUGGACAAAACUUUGCCAACACGGAGAUGGCUUAUACGAUGGCGAGAAUUCUGCAAAAGUUUGACAGGCUCGAAUACCGCGGAGACUGGAAUGCGCAGGUCAUCAGGGCCGAGAUCGUCGGCGCGCCGGGCCAUGGUGUGCCUAUCGCGCUUUUUGAGGCUGUUGAUGGUGAGAUGGCAUAAUUGUCAAAAAGCCGCAAAGACGGCAGCGAGUUUUUCUCAGUCUCUUGCAACGAUGUAACGAAACAAAAAUCAAAGGGCCAAAGUGGCAUCUACAAAAAUAAAUCACAAAAAAGGACUACAGCGACACUGGCUACCUUCGUGUUUGGGGACAUGGGGGGUAACGAAGAGCUUUUUUAAGGUUAUAUAGUGAGAUGAGGAUGAUCGACUAGGAGGGAAAUAAUCUUGUCGAUAGUUUGAUCGAUUAGCGAGUCGCCGAGUCCCUCCGCGGCAUGGAUAUCAAUGAGAUUUGUUGCAGUUUUUGAUACG